AUGGGAGUACCCGCAUUCUUUAGAUGGCUAUGUGCCAGAAAUCCAAAGGCUCUUUUAGAAGUCUUGGAAAAUUCCGAUGAAUCCUCCUUAUCAAACAACCCAGAUAUUGAUAAUCUAUAUCUUGAUAUGAAUGGUAUCAUUCAUCCCUGUUCUCAUCCUGACUAAGGAGGCAUUCCAAUUCCAGUCACAUAUGAUGACAUGUUUGUGAAUGUAUUUCACUACAUAGAUCGUUUAGUUGAUAUUGUUCGUCCAAAGGAAUUGAUAUACAUGGCCAUUGACGGUGUUGCCCCAAGAGCAAAAUUGAAUUAAUAAAGAAGUCGUAGAUUUAGAGCUGCAUAGGAAUCCAUAAGAAUUCAAAAGGAAAAGGAACGCUUACGAGAUUACUGGAGAACUUAAGGCUUAAAUUCGGAUGCUUUAAAUACUUAUAUUGAGAAAAACUUUGACAGUAACUAAAUCACUCCAGGAACUGAAUUCAUGCAAAAGUUAAACAUUGCCUUGCAGUAUUACAUUUAUGAUCGAAUGAACAAUAAUCCUCUAUUUAGAAAUGUUCUCAUAAUAUUCAAUGAUUCAAGCAUCCCAGGAGAAGGAGAACACAAAAUCCUUUAAUUUGUGAGAGAUCAAAGAAGGCAAAUGAAUUAUAAAACAGUCAGGCAUUGUUUGUAUGGAGCCGAUGCCGAUUUAAUUAUGUUGGGUUUGAGUACACAUGAGCCAUAUUUUUAUGUGAUAAGAGAAACGAUAAUGGCUAAUGAUGAUAAACAAUGCUCCAUUUGUUAACAGAAGGGUCAUUUCUUUACUGAUUGUAAAAAGAGAGAGAAGUAAUAUAAUUAGAUUCAAUAACAACAAAAGAAUAAAUUAAUUUAAGUUGAUUUUCAAAUAUUGCAACUUAAUAUUGUUAGGGAAUUCUUAUAUUUUGAGACUAGGGAUUUACAAGCCUCCUUGAAAGGGUAAUAUGAUUUAGAAAGAAUCAUUGAUGAUUUUGUAUUUAUGUGUUUUUUAGUCGGAAAUGAUUUUCUACCUCAUAUUCCUUGCUUGAAAAUAACAGAAGGAGGUAUUGAUUGUCUGCUGAUUAUAUAUAAAACAAUUCUGUCAUAAAUAGGAGAUUAUUUAACAAAUUGUGGAGAACUGAAUUUGUAAUAGAUGAAUUAAUUUCUAUUUCAUGUUGGAUUAAUUGAAGAUGAACUCAUUAAAGGUUAGGAGAAAAAGAAGGAAAUAGUUAAGAAUAGAAGAGAAAGAAAUGCAGAAAUGAAAGAAUAAAAGGUUUUGAUGGCUCCUGAGUUUAGUAUUGUAGAUACAUAGAAAGAGAUUCUAUCCAAAUUUAAAUCUGCAUUAAAAGACAAAUUGACAGAAAUCAAUCAAUAAGAAAUUGAUUAAGCGUAAUCAGCAAAAUCAUCACAAGAAUUAAAGAAAUGGAAGGCUGUUAGUUACAAGUAAAGAUAUUACUAAGAGAAAUUUGGAAUAAAACCUGCUUAAUUUAACGAAUUUCAGCAUAGAAUAAAGAUAUCAUAUUUAGAAGCAUUGGCUUGGACAUUAAAAUAUUAUUAUUAAGGAUGUGUAGAUUGGGGCUGGUUCUAUCCUUAUCAUUAUGCACCAUUUGCAUAAGAUCUGACCAAUUUGGAUUAAUGUCUGUUUGAAUUCUCAUUGAACACUCCUUUUAAGCCAUAUUAGUAAUUAUUAGCAGUGCUGCCUCCUUAAUCAGCCUAAUUUCUACCCAGACCUUAUUAAUAAUUGAUGUUAGAGACUUCAUCUCCUAUAGCAGAUUUCUAUCCAACUGACUUUGUAGUUGAUUUGAAGGGCAAGAAAUUUGCAUGGCUUGGAGAGGUAGUAUUGCCAUUUGUUGAUGCUGAUAGACUAAUAAAGGCAAGUAAUAUAGGAGUUAGUUUAUCCAAAUUGGAAUAGGAAAGAGAUAGAUUAGGAUAAACAUUGAUCUUUAGUCUUAAAAAACAUGAAUCCUUUAAUUUCUAAUAGUGUCAUAUCUAGGUUUAAGUUGAUUGGUUACCUCGUUUUCCAGUUGGAAGUGAAAUCAAAUCGCCCAUACCUACUAUGGGAAACAUCUUCAAUAAUUAAAUUAUUUGCGGGGCUUUAUUGAAAACAAUAAUUGAAAUUGAUGCAUCAUUUAUCUAGAAUCAGAUUAGGAAAGGAACUAUUAUGCCACCAGAAUUCUUGGAUGAAUAUUACAUGAAUUAAUGUGAGUAGAAUAAGAGAUCGUUUGGAGGUGAAGCUGUAAGAAGGAUAGUUUAUUCGAUUUUGGGAGUCAAAUAAGUGAGGAGAUUAGACAGAUAGUAAGACGAUUUUGAUUAAAUAAAAAAAUAAACAAAGUUAUGA